ACAGUUUACAUUGUCAAUGUGUACCAUGACCUGCCCCUCCACCCAACUCGUAAUGUCGGGUUUAUGCGAGACUGAGCACCUGCUCCUUCAUCAAGAUAACCGUGCUGAUACCGAUACCGUCUCCUCGUCGACCCAUUCGAUUGAUGAUAUCCUGGGAAAUGGAAAGGAUAAUAACGGACACCAUUGCACUGGAGAUGAUGCUAACGCUGAUAAAGAGAGUUCUUCGCCACGGUCAGAUGAUGACAAGAAGGAGGUACCUGUGAAGCAGAGACGAAACAGAACCACCUUCAGCAGCGUGCAGCUGCACGAGUUAGAGCGAGCGUUCCAACAGAGCCACUAUCCUGAUGUGUUCACCAGAGAAGAACUGGCCAUGAGACUAGACCUGACUGAGGCUAGAGUCCAGGUGUGGUUCCAGAAUAGGCGGGCUAAGUGGAGGAAGCGAGAAAAGGGCAUCAUGAACCAGCAGAACACGCUCAUCCCCUCAGGCUACAGAAGGUUCGGUGUUUCUCCCUACGCCUACUCCCCUUCCCCGCCUACUGAUAUUGCUGCGAAACGAUUUUUACCUUCACCUUACACAAACUGGGGACCCUUUGCUCCGACAGUAACCUCGUCCUUAUCUUCAUUCUCUUACUCUGUGCCAGCUGGUAACAACCACCCGUCGCUACCAGUGACGGCCGGUACUCCCAUCACGACAACUACCCCGUCCUACCUCUCCUCAUCCUACAUCCUCCCUCCUUCUCACUCCUCCUGGCCUACAUCUCCUACUCGAUCCUACGCCACCUCUGGCCUGCCCACUCCUCGGGCUUACACCUCGCCUCCUUCGGUUCGCGGCUACACAGGACCCAUCCUGAACUACAACUCCCACCUAAUACCCGAGGACUACAACCAGAACCCCCGGAUAAAGAAAGAAGAAACUUGUGUUUCAGGAGAAGAGCCCGCCUUCCCCUCCACCCUCCCCUCGUCCCUCCCGUCCUACAACGGGGCUCUCUCUCAUUCAGACUCUCUGCUGGAGUCACAGCACCAGCUUUACCUCAGUAACUGUAACUCUCUGUCUUGAAGUGUCAUGUGAUCAAACUGUUUUGGUCUAACUAAACCAUGUGAUUUAAGGACUAGAAAGCCGUCGCGAAGCUAACCUUUGUAAUCAAGACUUUUAGGAUAGGUUGUAUCUUGUAUAGCGUCCUGAAGGUCUAGCUCAAAUCUUAAAAUCAGCUGCCAGCUCUGGUGUUGGGUGGCUAUACUUUUGUUUCCCUGGUCAUGACGUCACGGCUCUGACUGUUCGGUGCGCUCCCCCGUUUUAGGCUAAACGAGGGGAGCUCUGGUCACGUGACGAGGGGAGCUGAAUUAGCAGCGGGUGUUAAUUCCUAACAAUGUAUAUUUACAAUAAUUUAAUCUGCACUGAAUUUCCUCUGUGUUGUCUGCGUGGUCUUCUCACCAAUCAGGAGCCUGCAUCCUGCUCUGUUGACCAAUCAGAUGCCAGGAUUACCGUGACGUGACCAGUGGGAUUCGUGGAACAUGUCACGUGAUUUUAGAUGGGAGAGACUGAAACGUGACCGAAAAGGCCCAAUGAGAGUGCUAGCUUGAUCAGGACCUGCUGGCUAGCAAACUUGGAGGGGGUGUAGAGUCACGUGAUCAGGUCAAGAAUCACGUGAUCAACAUCCGUCAACUUGCCCACGUGAUUAGUUGAGUCACGUGACACGCUGUCACGUGGGUUAUAACACGUGGUUUUGGUGAGAAAAAUCGGACUAUGAAGAAGUGUGGGAAUAGACAAGCAAAGACUAUACAGGAAUACUAAUAGUCAAGUGGGCAUCUGUGUAGUCAUCCCAACUCAGAAAAACCCAUUUACUGACCUGUUUUUCUCCAGCUUAUCUGAAUUCGAAGUCUUAAACUUCUUUAAUUCUGUGGUUAACAAUUUUUUGAUAAAAAAGUAAGCAAGAAAAAAUUGUUUACAGUUGUUUUAAGUAGUAUAAAAUAGAAGUGUGAUUGUAAAUUGAAGUUUUACAGCAUACGUUUAUUUAUUUAUUUAUUGUAAUUUAUUUUUAACUAUUUGUCCUGAAACGACC